ACAGUUCUAGCCUCGCACCUUUUCCUUCGAUCCAUGUUACUACUGCAUUCUUUCAAUAUCAGCAGAGUUUGAGACAAUCUUGGAUUCAUCAAUCAUGACGAACUCAACGUUGAGUAUCCAGCUGCAGAAUCAGACCAGCUCGAGUACGGUGUAUGCAUACAUCACGGGCAUAGAUGCAAGCAAUGGUUCAUUUGUCCUCAUCCAGGCAGAUGGACACUCGACAUACUAUCCUCAGUCUCCAUCUUCCGUCGGGUCUCCUCUGGCGGUAGACUGCGGCAUCAAGCUUGGUGCCCCCGGGUCAUCGACUCCAGCAACGAUCCCGCAGAUGGCAGGAGGCCGCAUCUGGUUCUGCAUCAACAACACUCUUACUUUCUUGCUCAACCCUGGACCUGGUCUCGUCGAGCCUUCUGUCAGCAACCCGUCUGAUCCGAAUUAUUCCAAGACCUGGGGAUUCUGCGAAUUCACUUUCAAUUCCUUUCAACUGUUCGCCAAUAUCACAUAUGUUGAUUUCGUCAGCGUCCCAAUUCAACUCUCGCUCACGAAUACUUCCGGCGCUGUCCAGAAUGUCCCAGGUAUCCCAUCGGGUGGUCUCGGAACCGUUUGUAGCGGUCUCCAAGCACAGAACGCUGUCGACAAUGCUGGCUGGAAUCAACUCAUCGUCAACAACUCUAGCGGCCAACCACUACGUGCCCUGAGUCCCAACACCGGAAUUGUGAUGAACAACAACCUCUUCUCAGGGUACUACGCCAACUACGUCUCUCAGGUCUGGGCACAAUAUGCUUCUAAUCAGCUAAGUGUCAACACCCAAGCCCAAUGGGGCACCACAGCCGCCAGCAUCCAAAACGGCCUCCUCACCUUCCCGGGCGUGGGAACAUUCGCCCAACCAUCCGCCGCUGACAUCUUCUCCUGCUCCACCGGCCCCUUCUCAGCCGCUUCUUGGCCCCAAGCCAAUACAGCCGAGAUGGGCAACUUGACAGCGCGUCUAGCUGCCGCUUUCAACAGAAGCACAUUGCUGCUAAAUGCCAACCAACCCGAUGGCGAGGUCAUCGCAAGUUAUUACCAGAAUCCGGUCACGAAUCAUUAUAGUCGGAUUGUGCACGCGACUGCGGCUGGGGGACUGGGGUAUGCGUUCCCGUAUGAUGAUGUCGCGCCGAGUGGGCAGGCGGGUGUGGCGGGGACGGUUAGUGAUGGGAAUCCGGAGGUUUUUACUAUUACGGUUUUGGACCCUUAAGGGGAGUUCUAUGUUUGGGCUGUUGCUUGGUUUCCUUGAUUGGGAGGUGUUGUCUGGGUUGGGUGGUUGGAUUGGGUUUUGAUAUUUGGCGAUGGGAUGGGUUUGGUGGGAAGGUGGUGAGCACUUGUUUGUCUUGCAGAUGUUCGUUCCUUU